CAUUUCUCUUUCUUCUCUCUGAUUCUGCCGUCUCCGAUCUCCCUAUUAUUCAUCCCACCAUGUACGGAGCGGCGGUCAGUCCCACUCCUCUUCUCAAAGAUGAGCUCGACAUCGUCAUUCCGACGAUCAGGAACCUUGAUUUCUUGGAGAUGUGGAGGCCUUUCUUUCAGCCUUACCACCUCAUAAUUGUGCAAGAUGGUGAUCCUUCUAAGACCAUUAAGGUCCCUGAAGGUUUCGAUUAUGAACUUUACAACCGCAACGAUAUCAAUCGGAUCUUGGGUCCUAAGGCCUCUUGCAUUUCCUUCAAGGACUCUGCUUGUCGCUGCUUUGGUUACAUGGUGUCUAAGAAGAAGUACGUCUACACUAUUGACGACGAUUGCUUUGUUGCUAAAGACCCAUCUGGGAAGGACAUUAAUGCCCUUGAGCAGCAUAUCAAGAACCUUCUGACUCCAUCAACCCCGUUUUUCUUUAAUACUCUUUAUGAUCCAUACGCAGAAGGUGCAGAUUUCGUCCGUGGCUAUCCAUUCAGCUUACGUGAAGGUGUCCCAACAGCUGUUUCUCAUGGUCUUUGGCUCAACAUUCCUGACUAUGAUGCCCCAACUCAGAUGGUGAAGCCAUUGGAAAGAAACACUAGGUACGUAGAUGCCGUUAUGACCAUACCAAAGGGAACCCUGUUUCCCAUGUGUGGAAUGAACUUGGCUUUUAACCGUGAACUGAUUGGCCCUGCAAUGUACUUCGGACUCAUGGGCGAUGGCCAACCCAUUGGACGCUACGAUGAUAUGUGGGCUGGCUGGUGCACCAAGGUCAUAUGCGAUCAUCUGGGAUUGGGCGUGAAGACAGGUUUGCCCUACAUCUUUCACAGCAAAGCUAGCAACCCCUUCGUGAACCUGAAGAAAGAGUACAAAGGAAUUUUCUGGCAGGAAGAGCUGAUUCCAUUUUUCCAGUCUGCUUCUCUUCCAAAGGAAUGCACUACCGUUCAGAAGUGCUAUGUCGAACUCGCCAAGCAAGUGAAGGCAAAACUUGGAAAGGUUGACGAGUACUUCGUCAAGCUUGCAGAUGCCAUGGAGACAUGGAUUGAAGCUUGGGACGAAUUAAACGCAUCUGGUGCAAAAUCCGAUGCAUUGCCCAAUGGUCCGGCGAAGUAAAAUAUUGAGAACUGUUCUUUCCUUGGUAGUUUCGGAGUUAUCCUUUUUGUCCAAGGUUCAGCGCGGCUCUAGGAUAAAUUAUUGGACAUUGCAGAGGCUGAGGCUAUGCUUGUUAUUUUACAUGUCCCUAGAACAAUAAAAUUCGAAGCACCCCGUUAUUGCUAUUCUUUUUUUUUUUUUUUGCCUUUCCAAAUAUAGGCUGGGAUGUGUAACUUCUUUUAUUGACCAUUUUAGUCUUUUAACUUCAUAUUGGAUUAUUGCUUUUGGAAUAUUUAUCAGGACUGAGUUUGCUAUGA